UGCGCUGCUCGCGUUCUCCAUCGAUCGGGCGCAAAGCACGCGUUCCACUAGGCAGGGGGGUUGUGCGGCGCGGCGCGGCAUGGAAUGGAACCUCAGAAGGAUGGAGAGUGAACUCAGACAAAUCAACCCCGACCUGCUGCAGCCCAGUAAGAGCUUCAAGAAAUCCACCUCGGGCACAAUCACCCUCAAUGUAGGAGGCUACCUGUACGCCACCCAGAGACAGACCCUGGCCAAGUACCCCGGCUCCCUGUUAGAGGAGUUGAGCAGCGGGAAGAGGCCCGUGCAACACGUGGACUCCAUGGGCAACGCCUUCAUCGACCGGGACGGCCCCAUCUUCCGCCACAUCCUCAACUUCCUGCGCCUGGGCGAGCUGCUGAUCCCGGACGACUUCAAGGAGAUCGGGCUGCUGCAGAAAGAGGCCGACUUCUACCGGCUGCCGGAGCUGACGGAGGCCACGUCGGACUGGGAGCAGAAGCAGGCGGCCGGACGCGAGGGCGCCUUCCUGGAGGUAACGGACAGCCACGACCGCGCGCACGGCCUCAAGGUCUACUGCAGUGACACCAGCUUCAUCGAGAGGGUGAAGGGCCGGCUGGUGCAGAUCUCCAAGAGCCGGCUGGACGACUUCCCCGAGGAGUUUGCGGUGUCGUCCAACGUCAUCCAGUUCCGACACUUCAUCAAGUCCGAAAUGGGGUCCAGGCUGGUGUUGAAAGAAGACAGUACCUUCUUGUGCACGCUGGAGUGCCUCAAACUCGAGACGGUGCUGCUGGCUCUUAGGGGAGGUUUCCGGCUCCUCACGAGCCUAGACAGCAGCCGUGGAUCUGUUGUUCAGUGUGAGGCCCUCCACUUUAUGAAAUGA